GCCGCUAGCUGUGCGGCGCCGCGGCGCGCGGCUAAAAAAGCCCAUCUGCACGCUGGUGUUGCGUGCAACGCACUUAUUUUGACUUAGCCGUGCCGUGCCAAACCAGUCGCUGAUAAAUAGCCGCUCCCGUUGCACAGAAACAAGCCUCCCACCCCAGCCUCUCCGAGACAGCCUCGCGAGCAGCCGCGAUGGCCUCGCCCCAGCAUUUAGGAGUAGCCUUGGCGCUGGGCCUGCUCUUACCAAGAGAUGAGGACGACAUGGACGACGACGACGACCGCGCGCCGCGCCCGCGCGUCGAAGACACCGAAGACGACAGCUCAAAACAUCAAUUGGCGUGCUGGGUGCUCCGCGAGACGCGCUUCGUUGGGAGUGUCGACGAGGCGUCCAAACGCUUACCGUGGGCGGCAACAAGACAACGCCUCGCAUCAAGUUUCGUCGAUCCGGCGCUAGGCGAGGAAGUCGCCGUUUACUGCACGCAGCAAUUAGUAGCACUAGCGGAGGCGCCGGAUGGUGUCGUCGAUCUGUUGGACGACAUGCGCUCCUGGCUGCGGCCGGAGAAGAAUGAGGACGACGAGGAACCUAUGGAGAGGGAGCAUUUUCUCGCGCCCGACUCGCUGUUCGGCGUCUUCGUGCGACGGUCACUCCUGGACGCGACGGAGACGCACUUUGAUGGCGUGGCGCGGACCUACGAUAGAGUGUGUGAGUACGUGCGAAGAUACCAAGAGAACGAUGACUCCGGUGCGUUCUACGCGUCUUUGUUGACAAGAAGAGACUUGGAUCUGUUCCUGGAGCGACGUAUACUGGCCGCAGCGUCGGUCUGUGGUUCUGUGACAUUAGAGGAGACCGAACUAGAAUGUUCGAAGAUUGAGGCCCUGGAGCCGGAUUUACCGCGGAGCAGCUACUUACGUUUUGUGGCCUCAUUAUAUGGGAGGGAAUAUUUAGGCGCCCUAGAUCAUCUCCAUCGCUACUUCGACUAUGCGGGAAGUAGGGGCGGACCGGUCUCACCGAACGACGAGAAAGGAGCGCGAGGUGUGGUCCAGUAUGCCGCACUUAACUUAGCUUGUUUACAUGCGCGCUUCGGGCAUGCUCGGUUGGCGUCGUGCGCUUUGGAUGAAGCUGUUAGGGUAGCCCAGCAGCGCCACGACCACGCGUGCGUGACGUUCGCGUUGGGGUGGCUGCGGUACGUCGACAUCCGCGAGGCCGAGUACGAGGCGGAGACCUACGGACCGCCUCUGCCCGGUGAAUCGACGCAUACGGUGGAUGCGCUAUCUCUCCAGAGAUGUGCGAAGCGAGCGAAGCAAUUAGGACUCAGAGAGUUAGAAUCUGCUGCAUUGUUGUGUUUCGCCCGCGACGCGCUCGACUAUGCUCGGACGGACGAAUGCUACGAGCAGGAAGUCCUGACGCGGGCCUACACCCCGUCGAAAGCUAGUAGAGCAACUCUGGCGGCCUGGAAGCUCGCCGAAGAUGCGGCCAUGUUCGAGGCUCCGGGGCCGAGAGACGGUCCCGACACGUCCAUGUUGAUGCAAACGCCGCAACAAAGGCUAGAGAGAGAACGGAAGGAGCGGCGGGAAGGCCAGCAGGACCCGCAGGGCCUGCCGAAGGACUGUGAGAUUAAGGAUCGGAGCACGGUCGCGACGAACCCGACUGAAGGUAGCAUCUUCCGAGCACGAUGCCGGCGGUUCAUGGUCCAGGCGGCGAUCAACGGGCAUAACCAGUUUAAAAGGGCGCAGGCGCUGGAAGGGAAGGCUUUAUUACAAGCAGAAGAAAGGUACUUGCAGGGGCAGCGACGGCGGCGCGGGCUCGAUGAAAAUGAUAGCAGUGGCGAUCUGCCCGAAGAUCGGGCGCCAUGUGUACCUAGGGAACUAGCUUGUGUGGAUAUUGCGUUCGAGUGUUUAUUUGGCGACUUUGACGCUGGGGAUAUGACUCAUGAGCUUGGUGAGGGUCUCAAACCACCAUCGGACGUACCUCCUUCUGAACACUUACCAGCGGACCCCGACGGGUCGCUGCGAGCAGCGUCGGAGGCCGCGACGGCGAAAGCUCUAGGGUUAGAUUUGGAAGACAUCGAGGUGCGGACGCGGCGUCUGGUGAAGCCCGAGAGCGCCGUCGAGCCCUCCACGCCAUCGCCGCGACGUGUGUGCCACGCAGGUCCCGAAGCGCGAGGAGCACGAAAACCAUAUCGGUCCCCCCGGUUUGAACGUGGCCUACGACAUAGCUCUUAAAAAAUUAGAAGAGAACCGCUGUCCGAAUAAGGGAGCGUCGAACAUUGUGGAACGGGCCCAGUAUCUUUUGAGGUUCGAGUGGGCCGUGCAUAGACACGCCCUGAGGAGAGCGGCGGCACUCCAUGAGGCACUACUAGGGGUCUCGCCGCGGCAGUCCGAUUACGACGUCGAGUGUCAUGUGGAAGCUUUGAGGUGCGAUUUACGUCUGUCGGUCGCGCGGGACGACUAUGAAAGAGCAGUGAAGGGUGCUGCCAAAUUGGAGCGUAUUUGUGGCAACCGAGGCUUGUGGGCGUUACAAGCGAAAUUACUAUGUGAUAGAAGUAAGUGGCUCCUCGACGGGUGCCCGCAGGAGCCCGUUCCAGCCAUGAACCCCGCUUUAAGGGCUCUGGCGUUGUGCGAGCAGUGGGCCCUGGACGCGUUACAUGCGGAGGCGACUUUGCGGUUGGCUCUCGUACAACUAGGUCUGGGUAACAUCCCGAAGGCGCGCGAUGCGUUUCAGCAGUGCCAACUGAAAAUCUUGGAACAGUCGCACGUCGACGUGCAAGGUGAUUUAUGGUACGCUCUCGCGCAAUGCGAGCUCGAGGAGAAGGCCUAUGCUCUCAGACAUCGGCAGGAAGGUCGAAAUGAUGUUUUUGAAAAUGUUGAUGUGAAGGAUUUUAGAAAAGUUAUCUUCUUCUACAAGCGUGCUUUAGAAUGUUAUUCCUACGUACAACAUAGAAAACGCAUGCAGGACUGCCACUACUUCCUGGCGAGGACCUACCAUCAACUCGAGGAAGAUCCAGCCAUGAUGAGGUUAAGAGACCACCACGCGAAACGCGCGUUGGAGCUCCAGGCGGACAUGAAUAGGGCCGUGGCGGACUUCGAGGAUUUGCCAUGCAUGUGGAUAAUUGAUGAAUAAUACUU